AUGGACAAGAAAAUGGCCCUGCUGAAGGACCUGCUGCGCGGGCCGCUGCAGCAGGUGGUGGUGCCGGCCAUGAGCUCGCCCGCCACGCGGGGCCUCAUCGACGACCAGAUCAUCGCGCAGCUGGAGCGGCUGCGCGUGGUGAUGAAGGAGGGCAGCGAGGCGCUGGGCGUGCCCGUGCUCGACCCCCUGCACGUCAACCACGUCGAGGCGCACACUCACCAGAGCCUCAUCGACUUCGACGGUAGUCUGGACGACUUCGUCAUUCAGGGUCUCUCUGACUUCAUCAUCGACAACAUCAAGUUCAGCACCAUCCUGCUCACCUUCAACUUCGGCUUCACCAUGCCCAAGGUGUCCGUCACCGGCAAGUACGAUCUGGACUCCAUCUUGGGCAACCUGCUGCCCAUCUAUGGCGAAGGCCCCUUCAAGGUUGAUAUUGGCGACGUGGUGGUCUCUGGCAAAGCUAAGCUGGCCCUGAAGAACAUUGUGAACAUCUACGUGAAGAGCCUGACCCUGAAUUUCUCUGUUGGCGAAUACCACAGCGACAUCGAUGGCAUGCUGGGAGGCGGUGACCUCAGCGAUCUGCUGAACGAGGUCAUCAACGACCUCGUGCCUGAGAUCAUUGACGCCAACGCCGACCUCUUCGCCGACGUCCUCGCGGAGCAAAUCGUCGUUAUCGCCAACACCAUCCUCGGCGAAAUGACCCUGCAAGAUCUGCUCGACCUCAUUGCGGGAGGAAGUUCCUAA